AUGUUCAAACUCCUCCCGCUCCUCAUUCUCGCGAUCCUUCUCUCCUUCACCGGCCCUGCUGCCGCCAUCGUUGGCAAUGUCAUCUGCGAAACCAGCAACGGCUCCCCCUACACCUCCUGGCUGAUGUACGUCGUUAAUGUCGGCCCCCGCGGCCCCGGCCUCUGUAUCCAAGACAAUCCCGACGUUAACGGCCGUCCCGGGUGUACCCUUUGCGUCAAUCACGGCAAGGGUUAUCUCAAGAUUUCCAUCUGCGGGCGGAGAGGUUCUCAGUACACCUACGCCGACAUUCAGGAGUCCUUGAAAAAGCUGGUGGGCGAAUGCACCAGAACCUUCGCUGGAAAUGGGAAAACUGGUGGGAAGUUUGUUGGUCAAGGGGGGCAGGCUACAAUCUUCGUGCACCUCUAG